AAAUUUAAGCACGAAAGAAGAAAUUAAAACAAAAACAAAACUACGUUUAGCGCAAAAACAUAAUCUUUAGCGUCGUCCCAAAGUCGUCUCGAGGAAGCGUCCCGAAGUCGUCUCGAAGAAAUAUCCCGAAGUCGUCGUUGUCGCUGCCUCCAACCUUCGACGCCGUCGCCGCGUCAUCCCUCCUCUGCCGCCAUCGUCCUCUUCCCGCCAUUAAGCUCCUACAGUAUGACUGCAGUUUCUCUCUUAGAGCACUUUUCUAUCCAGGGGUUGGAGGAGUCUUUUCUACUUGGAAUGAUGGAUAACAAAGACUACAAAGCAGCAUAAAAAUGAGCAACAUUUAUGGGGAAGCAAUAUUUGUGUACACUUGUCCAGGAAUACAUUGAUAGGAAACUGGAAAAUGAUGCUUAUGAGGUCAUAACGAAAAACCAUCUGAGGGAAGAAUUCCCAGAAGCAUAUCAUCAAGGCAAAGAAAGCAAACUAAAGAAGCUUGAUGAAAAAGGAUGUUGGGAUGUUGCUGAGGCAAGGACAAAGAAUGAUAGACAGCUUCUUGAGUAUUUGAUAUGUAGCCAGCCUCUAAUGGCUUUUCUGAAUGAGUUAUAUGUAACUCUGGUCUUGUUGCUUUUUCUUUUUGUUGGUAAGUCAUCUGAAUUGUUGCUUUUCCUUUUCUUGUGCGGCGUAGGAAUGCACUUGAUUCUAACUUUGUAAAUAAUAUUUAGACUUGGUGAUUGUACUAAUAAAUGGUUGAUUGUAUUUUGAAGUAGAUAA